ACUGUUGAACGUUUGCGUAACGGUCGGUGGAGAUCUGAUCGGGACUAGUGGGCUCGGGCUGUCCCGACCAGAUCGGGACGGUUGGCAGCAAUGCUGGAGAGGCGGGGAAGCUUGGUUUUAGCCGUCAUCUGUGCCUGCACAGCUUGUCCUCCGCUUCGCCAGCCUCCAGACUCCCUGCUAGCAGCUUUCACUCUCAACCACACUGUUCCUCUGGAGUUCUACUAUGUAGACGACUCCAACAAGGGGAAAGGCACACACUACAAGUAUUCGCAGUCUGACAUCAAUCAGCUGAUUAGGGAAGCGGAGCGUUUCAUCCAGCAAGCCCUGUCUGUUCUGUUUGGUUCCACUCACCCCUGGUACGAGUGUCUGUUGCUGGCCCUCGGAGCCUCCCAUGUCACUACUGUUGAAUACAACAAACUCACAUACUCCCAUCCCCUCAUCACCACGACAACCCCCUCUCUGUUGGAGACCACUUCUCUCUUCCACACUGCUCUCUCCAUCUCCAGUUUCGACCACGACGGACUUGGUCGCUAUGGAGAUCCUAUCAACCCAGAUGGUGACCUUGUUGCCAUGGAUACAGUAAGGAAUGUGUUAGAAGAAAACGGACUUUUCUUUCUAACUGUGCCAAUUGGUCCCGAUGUACUUGUGUGGAAUCUUCACCGUCGCUAUGGUUACCAACGGCUCCCCCUCCUGCUGUGUGGAUGGGAAGAGGUGGAGAGUGUUGGGUGGGAAGAGGAGCUGCUCACAAGCCCCGCCCCUUUUACCAUCCAGUACGAGCCAGUUCUCAUCCUAAGACAUCUGGCAGGGUGUCCCUUCCUCCCCUGACUCAA